UGCGUAGCUUGUAAACUUAAAGUCGAUGCUCGAUGUUGAUAAUACGGGCGUCUGCAACUAACAUAUGUCACCUGUCGUAAUAUACACGUACAGCUGAACGGACAAAUAUGAAGUGACAAACUGGAAACUGAAAUCGGAUGGCAGUUUUUUUUCUUCGAGGAAUUUAAACACGUUGCUUUCACACACAAGUUCUGGGAAAUUCUAGAGUGCAGUCGCUGGAUACUCGGCCUGCACCUCUCAAAAGACACCAUUACUGGAAUGCUGGACACUGAGUCCAGUGCCAUGGAGAGCAACGGCGAUGCUUUUCUUCCUGAAUUUCCUGUUCUAGGCCAAACCGCUGACUGGUCCCUGGACCAGGUUGCUCCAGAGCCUCUCACCAACAUCUUGCCCGAGGACUCUGAUGCGUCCCAGGACAGUGAGGGGCAACAGCAGCAACCACCUCAUGAGAUGAAUUCCACAGAGCUGGGAUCUGUGGAGAAGGCUGUUGAGCAGUUUCAGAUUGCCAGCGCUCAGCUUUUCCAAGAGGAGCAGCCACCACAGCCCACAGAAGAAGCAGAACAGCCAUCAGAAGACAAAGGACAGUCUGCGAACUCUGAGGAACCCAGCCAGGACAUGAGUGUAGAGCCAAGUGCUACAGAACAAGAUGGCAGUCAAGAUGGGACUGAAGCACCACAGGUUACAGAGGAUGGCAUGGAGCUGGAGGAACCAUCCAAAGAGGCAACAGAAGAAUUGACUACAGAGCCCACCGAGUCAGAGCUGCCCAAUGAGUUUGACAAACUCUUCAAAGGCUGUGAGGAGAACCCAGAAGACUUCAAUGGUUGGGUCUACCUGCUGCAGUAUGUGGAGCAAGAGAAUGUCCUUGCAGCUGUGCAAAAGGCAUUUGAUGUCUUCUUCCUUCGCUAUCCAUACUGCUACGGCUACUGGAAGAAGUAUGCUGAUAUAGAGAAAAAGCACGGCAACGUACAGGUUGCAGAAGAGGUGUACAGAAGAGGUUUGCAGGCCAUCCCUCUCAGUGUGGACCUGUGGCUGCACUACCUGACCUACAUCAAAGAGAACUCAGACCCUAGUGACCCAGACACUGAGGGGCACAUUAGAGCAGCUUAUGAACAGUCGGUUCUUGCGGCAGGCACAGACUUUCGCUCAGACCGUCUGUGGGAGUCUUUCAUCAACUGGGAGACUGAGCAGCAGCAGCUGGCAAACGUCACCGCCAUCUAUGAUCGCGUCUUGGGCAUCCCAACCCAGCUAUACUCUCAGCACUUUCAGAGGUUCAGAGAUCAUGUGCAGAACAACAACCCCAAACACUUCCUGUCAGAGAAGGAGUUCGUGGAGCUGAGGCUCGAGCUCUCUAAAGCAAGCCUUCUAGCGAUGAUCAGCAACGAUGGAGAUACACCUGCUGCUGACGAGGAGAUUCCACCUGGGGUAGAGGAUCUUACGGAUCCUGCCAAGAGAGUGACGGAGAUCGAGAAUAUGCGCCACAAAGUGAUCGAGGUUCGGCAGGAAGUAUUCAACCACAAUGAACACGAAGUCAGCAAGCGCUGGGCCUUUGAGGAAGGGAUUAAGAGACCAUACUUCCAUGUCAAAGCCUUAGAGAAGACCCAGCUGAACAACUGGAAGGAGUACCUGGACUUUGAGAUUGAAAAUGGGACUCCAGAGCGCGUGGUCGUUCUGUUUGAACGAUGCCUCAUUGCCUGUGCUCUCUACGAAGAGUUCUGGACCAAGUAUGCAAAAUAUCUAGAGAGCUACAGCAGUGAAUGUGUGCGACAUGUCUACAAGAAGGCGUGUACCAUCCAUCUGCCCAAGAAACCAGCCUUCCACCUGCUGUGGGCCGCCUUUGAGGAGCAGCAAGGCAACGUAGAGGAGGCUCGUGACAUCCUGAAGUCCCUGGAGUUGGCAGUCCCAGGUCUGGCAAUGGUGCGCCUUCGGAGGGUCAGUCUGGAGCGUCGCCAUGGUAAUUUGGAUGAAGCAGAGGUGCUGUUAAGGGAAGCCAUGGAUUCUGCGGUGAAUGUUACGGAGACAUCCUUCUAUGCUGUGAAGCUGGCGAGGCAGCUGAUGAAGGUGCAGAGAAGUCAGAGCAAAGCCAGGAAGGUGCUGCUGGAUGCUAUUGAAAAAGACCAGACGAGUCCAAAGCUGUAUCUAAACCUGCUUGAGCUGGAAUACAGUGGGGAUGUGACGCAGAACGAGGCGGAGAUCUUGGCUUGUUUUGACAGAGCCCUGAAUAGCCAGAUGCCCCUUGAAUCCCGCCUCCUCUUCUCCCAGCGCAAGGUCGAGUUCCUUGAGGACUUUGGCAGCGACAUCAAUGUGCUUGUUGCUGCAUAUGAUGAACAGCAGAAACUUCAGAAAGAAAGCGAACCAACAAAGAGGAAAGCUGAGAACGGGUAUGACAGUUCUCAAGAACCUGAUGCCAAGAGACAGCGAGUGGAUGACAGUUCCGCGGGUGACGCAAACGCAGCGACAGACAUGCAGGCAAACAAUUCUGCAUAUAACUACAACAACUGGUAUCAGCAAUACCCGGGUUGGGGACAAAACUCCUGGGGGCAGUAUAACCAAUAUGCCCAGUAUAACCAAUACUACCCUCCUCCUCCUACAUGAUGGAUAAAAGCUGACGUGAAAAUGGAGACUCAGAGGAAAUCAUCCUUUUUGACCUGCCUACAUCUCUGAACAGGGCUUCUUUAACUGGAUGUCAUGGAUGUUUCAAUCAACCACAGACUACAGAAGCUAAUUUGAUCCUUCUUUCUGGUUUAGUGUGUGCUUAUCAGUUAAAUUACACUGUGUAGCUAUUGUUUGGAGUAUAAUAGACUUGGCCCUCCAUGACCGUCAUGUUGACCAGAAAUAAUAUUAAUUACUACUUUCAUCACCUCCAACACUGGCUUUUUUGGGUUCCUAAUGCAUGUUAUUUGUGGCAGAAAUAUUUUCCCAUGUCAAAGGCUUUUUAAUUUUUUUAGAUUGGGAUGACGUAGCUUGGUCUCUUUGUGUUGACGAUUUAAACCUGUAAAGCAGGCAUUCUUGGAUGUACCUCUGAGUCGUGUUCCUCUUUCCCAAAGUGAAAGAUUUUUAAUAUUUCAUGGUUAAGUUUCCAUAAAAAGAAAUGAAGAGUUCCUUGUUUUGUUUUUUAUUUUGACUUGAUUUCCUAAUAAAGAGAACAAUAUCCUAAA